UCUCCAACAAACAUUUUAAACUGUUUCUUUAAUCUGUAGGGUUUCGGCCUUUAUAAAACAUGAAGAUUUGUGUUGUUUCUGCUGUGCUUCUUGCCUUGUUUGGAAUUUCUGCAGCUGAAUGCGACUGCAGUUCCGCGGUCGAUUUCCAGUUCAGGACUAUAGAUCGCCUGUCUGAAAUGGAGCAGAGGCUGAAUAAAAUGAGUUUGGAACAGGAAAUUCUCACCAGGAAACUGAGCGAGAAAUUGGCCGAAUGUGACGAAACUGAAAAGAAAGAUAAGCGUUGUAAGGACGGGUGGACGAGGUUUAAGGAAUCGUGCUACAAGUUCGGGGACAGUGACCUGACAUUCGACAGCGCACAGGAAUACUGCAAGAAUAUCGGCGCUUCCCUAGUUCACAUUGACACGACAGAAGAAAACGUGUUCCUACGAGGGUUGCUGCGGACAAUGAAAAGUCCUAAACACUGGAUUGGUGUGACAGACGAAGCUAAAGAGGGCAAUUGGACAUACCUGGACGGGAAGACUGUGUCCUUUACCGACUGGGGAACGAACCAACCCAACAACGGCCGGGUUGCCAACUGUGGUGCUUUUUGGGAGAGUUUCGGUUACUUGUGGGUUGAUGAGCCUUGCACAAACACGUUCAAACCCAUCUGCGAGAUGUAAUUCACGUGGAGAUUACCAGCAGUUUGGUCAAAUGAUUAAUCUGACUAACGUUGUAAUCCUUUGAUGAGCCAAAAUGCUUCUAAUUUUACAUUUAAAUAUCAAAUGGAAAUUUAGAAUAUUAAUUGUAUACUGUUCAUCAUCGUUUACAUAAACAAUACACCACGUAUAACAUUGUGUGUACAGACAAGGAGGAUUACUAAAUUUAUGAAUAUAUCGAAUAAAUGCACUCGUCUAAUUCAAAGCGUAUUGGUGUGAUAUGCGACUGCGUAUAUUAAAAUGAUACGGUAACUAAGACAAAUCAUGCAAAGAGAUAAACUAUGGGAUAUGAGUGCUGGACAGGAGAAAUAAACCUUACUUCAAACAACGAUGUAAAAAUAAGGCUUUUUUUAAGCACCCUCUGUUUUUAUUUAUGAUAGAACAUAUAUAUAUAUAUAU